CUCCUGUACAGGAGGCAGCCAUGGCGCCCAGCCGGAAUGGCAUGAUCCUGAAGCCCCACUUCCACAAGGACUGGCAGCCAGUGGACACUUGGUUCAACCAGCCGGCCCGCAAGAUCCGUAGACGCAAGGCCCGGCAGGCGAAAGCGCGCCGCAUCGCCCCUCGCCCCGCGUCCGGUCCCAUCAGGCCCAUCGUGAGGUGCCCUACAGUUAGAUACCACACCAAGGUCCGGGCUGGCAGGGGCUUCAGCCUGGAGGAGCUCAGGGUGGCUGGUAUCCACAAGAAAAUGGCACGCACCAUCGGCAUCUCCGUGGACCCAAGGAGGCGAAACAAAUCCACGGAGUCACUGCAGGCCAAUGUGCAGCGCCUGAAGGAGUACUGCUCCAAGCUCAUACUUUUCCCCAGGAAGCCUUCUGCUCCGAAGAAGGGAGACAGUUCUGCUGAAGAACUUAAAUUGGCCACGCAGCUAACAGGACCUGUGAUGCCCAUCCGGAAUGUGUACAAAAAGGAGAAGGCCAGAGCCAUCACGGAAGAGGAGAAGAACUUUAAGGCUUUCGCCAGCCUUCGCAUGGCCCGAGCCAAUGCCCGGCUCUUCGGCAUCCGAGCAAAGAGGGCGAAAGAAGCCGCAGAGCAAGACGUUGAGAAGAAGAAGUAAUGCGCGGCUGGAGAGUUGUAAUAAAUUUUCUAUAAAGCAAAAAAAAAAAAAAAAAAA